ACGUACGAUUUCUUCUGUUUAAAUUAACUUGGUUAUGUAUGUAAUUUGUUGGAGUUAGACUAAAUUCAAAUCCUUCCCAAUUGAUGUCAGCUUGAUUAUUUUCACCUAUACCAUUGCAUUUACUUACAAAAAUGGGUGAUCAAUGAAUUGAAAAUUGAUAGUAAUAACUAAUAACUUCUAAAAGAAAAAUUGUACCUUUCCGCCCUAAAACCAAAAACUAAAAAUGAGCCUUGCGACGAGACGCGGACAUCCCCAUGCUGCGGUUCACUCCGGUCCGUUCUCGGGUUGGGUUAGGAACCUUUCAAAUUUAUUUACCCUGGUUUUAGAUUGACAAAAAUAAAAUAAGUAAGGAAUGGUUUUAAAUUGGUUCGGCACACGACUUUGUGGAAAAUUUAGAACUAAAGGAACAAUCACAUCACAUAAUUAAUAAUGUGAGAAAGAAUCCUAAUGAACACUCACACAUUUUAGUGCACUUACCCCUCACGGGUUUAGGGUUCUUCUUCCAAAGCCUAUACUUUCCGCUUCAUUCACAAGCAAGAAUUAGCUUUGUCCUUGUUCUAGGUUUUGCUGUGGCUCUUUCAGACCUAUAAAUCACAACUGCAACACCAUUUUUCUUCCUAACCUUUUUAGCCCAUUUUAAUAAAUCACCACGUGUAGCAAACACUUUGUCAGUGGUAAAUACAACUGUAGAAUCUACUAAUUGUGCAUUUUGAGGUUCCACUCCAUCUCUAGGUGCGUUAACAUUUUCAUUUUCCAUGUCCGUUUAAUACAUAAAGAAAGAAAAAGAAAAUUAAAUCGAUUGAAAAUCAUGUGUAAGUUGUAGAAAUCUAUACUAUAAGUAAUGACUAAUGAGAGUUUACAUAGAUUAAAAAGAAAACAAAAACGAAAGGUAAGUGUGAACUGAGUUUACAUAAGAUUAUGUGAUUUGAGUUUAAGUAGUUAUGUAUUAUGUAAACUGAGUUUAUUUAAGUUUAUUUAAGUUUAGAAAUCCCUCAAUUGAGUUCAAGUAGUUUGUGUCAAAAUAUCAUUUCUCUUAAAUCAGUUUGUGUGUAACUAGAUUUUUUUGGGGUGUGGGUAGAAAAAAUCUAAAAUACAGUGGUUUUCAUAAAAAUAUCAAAACAUAAAAAAGGCCCCUCGUUUGUCUUCCUCAUCUCUGGCGUUCUGUACUAUAAAGAAGGUCGUGUCUCUGUUGUGGGCGGCCAUUGGGUCGAGGAGUUUUGUGCUUCACAACCCUUCAGUCGCGUUGCCACCGUCGUAUUUCCGGUUGUUGGCAUCACUUGAGUUACUUGGUAAUAUUUCCAGAUUUAGGGAUUGGGAGUUAUUUGGCUUUUCUCUUUCAAAAUUCCUACAGUUAGAUUGAAUCAAAAGAAGGAGAGGAUCUGAUUCCGUCUCGUUCAGCUACUUCCGCCACUCACUUCAUCGUCGCCCCCGUUCGUCGUCGUCGCUAUUCAUCCUUCAACUCAAGGAACUAUUUUUUGUUAAGUUCUGCUACUGCAUGAGUAUAAGGUGGCCAAGGGUGUUGAAUCCAACUUACCUUUCUCAGAUUAUAAGAACUCAAAAGAACCCUUUAAAGGCUUUGGACAUUUUCAAUGAAGCCAAAUCAAAGUACCCUAAAUACUCUCACAAUGGUCCUGUAUAUGCCACCAUGAUCACUAUCCUUGGAACAUCAGGGAGACUCAAAGAGAUGAGGGAUUUGAUUGAACAAAUGAAACAAGAUUCAUGUGAGUGCAAAGAUUCGAUCUUUGUGUCUGCUAUUAAAACAUAUGCCAAAGAAGGGCUAGUAGAUGAAGCAAUUUCUCUUUAUAAGAACAUUCCUCAGUUUAACUGUGUGAAUUGGACACAAUCCUUCAAUUCCCUUUUGGAGAUAAUGGUGAAUGAGAAUAAGCUUGAAGAUGCUCAUAGUCUUUUUGUUGAGAGUUGUUGUGGUUGGGAAGUGAAGUCUCGUGUUCAGGCGUUGAACUUGCUUAUGUAUGCUUUGUGUCGUAAGAGUCGAUCGGAUUUGGCAUUGCACAUAUUUCAAGAGAUGGAUUAUCAAGGCUGCUGCCCUAAUAGGGAUAGUUAUUUAAUUGUGAUGAAGGGAUUGUGCCAGGAAAAGAGGUUGCACGAGGCCACUCACUUGUUGUAUUCAAUGUUUUGGAGAAUCUCUCUGAAAGGUAAUGGUGAGGACAUUGUAAUAUAUAGAACUCUUUUGGAUGCUUUAUGUGAUGAUGGAAAAUUUGAUGAAGCUGUGGAAAUUCUUGGUAAAAUUUUGAGGAAAGGGCUGAAAGCUCCAAAGCGAUGUUACAACCGACUUGAUCUCAGUCAAUGUGGUGAUGGUAAAGAUGCUGAAGUCACUAAACGCUGGAUUCAUGAAGCUUUGGUCAGGGGUUCGGUUCCUAGUACUGCUAGUUAUACUGCCAUGGCGGUUGAUCUAUACGAAGAAGGUAAGAUAGACGAGGCUGAUAAAGUUAUCAUUGAAAUGAAAAACAAACGCUUUAAACCAAACCAUUCUAUUUUUGAGGCAAAGGUAGCUGCAUUGAGUAUGGUUGGUAAGGUAGAUGAAGCAAUCAAGGUAAUUGAAGAGGACAUGGUUGAAGUCAAUUGUCUACCAAAUGCUAAAGUUUAUAAUGUUCUCUUGAAAAACCUUUGUAAUGCAGUUGGAAAUUCGACGUCAGUGCUCAAGAGCUUGAACAAGAUGUCUAAAAAGGUAAAUUGCAUGGCUGACAAAGAAACGUAUAGCAUUUUACUUGAAAUGCUUUGUCGUGAGAGAAAGUAUCUUGAGGCAAGCCAACUUCUGGAGCAGAUGUCAAUUAAAUCAUAUUGGCCUUGUGCCAAUAGUUACAAUUUGCUCAUUGAAGGUCUUUGUUCCUUAGGCAGGCAAUAUGAAGCCAUUAUGUGGCUGGAGGACAUGAUAAGCCAGGGAAAGCUUCCUGAAAUUUCUGUUUGGUAUUCAUUAGCGUCUUCAUUUUGUAACCCUGAGAUGAUGAAAGUGUCCUCUGAGACAUUUAAUCGCCUAAGAAGUUUGUGAUUCUGAAUGUAAGUGUAAACUAGAAUGAUUCAUUAAAUAAUGAAUAGAAUCGUGUUCUACCAUUUUUCCC